GCUGUCUCAUAACCACGUGAAGGACCACGCCCUCUGUGCCACAAGCAGGACGGGGUGAAGAUGGCGCUGUCCGUCAAGUGCGUUCUCCGCUCGGGAAGGAAUACCGUGUCCCUCCUACGGCGGCAGGCCUUUCACAGGAGCGCAACAUCCGCCGUCCAGGUGACUGUCCGCGAUGCUUUGAACCAAGCCAUGGACGAGGAGCUGGAGAGGGACGAGCGAGUCUUCCUGUUGGGUGAGGAGGUGGCCCAGUACGAUGGCGCCUACAAGGUGAGCCGAGGUCUGUGGAAGAAGUACGGAGACAAGCGCAUCAUGGACACUCCAAUUUCCGAGAUGGGCUUUACUGGCAUCGCGGUGGGAGCGGCCAUGGCCGGCCUGAGGCCCAUCUGUGAGUUCAUGACCUUCAACUUCUCCAUGCAAGCCAUCGAUCAGGUCAUCAACUCCGCAGCCAAGACGUGCUACAUGUCCGCCGGCCUGCAGUCGGUGCCCAUCGUCUUCAGGGGCCCCAACGGGUCGUCUGCCGGCGUGGCGGCUCAGCACUCGCAGUGCUUCGCUGCCUGGUACGCCCACUGUCCAGGUUUGAAGGUGGUGAGCCCUUGGAGUUCAGAAGACGCCAAAGGUCUCCUGAAGGCGGCGAUCCGAGACGACAACCCAGUGGUCUUCCUGGAGAACGAGCUGUUGUACGGCGUUCCCUUUGAGAUGUCCGACGAGUCCCAGUCCAAAGACUUCACCGUUCCCAUCGGCAAGGCCAAGAUCGAGAGACAAGGGUCUCACGUCACCUUGGUCUCUCACUCCCGCUACGUCGGCCACUGUCUGGACGCCGCCGCCGUCCUCGCCAAGGAAGGAGUUGAGUGCGAGGUGAUCAACCUGCGAAGCAUCCGCCCCAUGGAUGUGGAAAGCAUCGAGACCAGCGUGAUGAAGACCAACCACCUGGUGACGGUGGAAGGCGGAUGGCCGCAGUUUGGCGUUGGAGCAGAGAUCUGCGCCAGGAUCAUGGAAGGUCCAGCUUUUAACUACUUGGAUUCCCCGGCCACAAGGGUGACAGGUGUGGACAUUCCCAUGCCGUACGCCAAAAUCCUCGAGGACAACAGCGUGCCGCAGAUCAAAGACGUCAUCUUCUCCGUCAAAAAGACCCUGAACCUCGCCUGACCACGCCGAAAGAGCAGCUCCGGACACAACGCCCAGCUGGUCUUGACAGUACGUGUGGUCACACAGGUGUUGAAAAGUGAUGAAACAUUAAAAAACACUUUGUAAAUACAGUCCGAGCUUUCCUUACCGGUCGCUUGACGGAGCGACGUCUGACCUCAGAGCUGCUCAGAUGCUCUGCUUGAGUCGUCUCCUCCACUGCUGACCAAGUAAACUUCCUCCUCUUCAAAAUAAUCAUUUUCCUCCUAAUUCAAUUGGAUCACCAUGCCAGUCAACACUCACAUUUUAGCCUUUUUUUCUUUCAACCAUUGACCUAUUUAUUAUUUUUAAAGCGCCUCCUGUCACUGACUCAUAGCUGGAGGUGAUGAAGAUGAGCAGGAGUAUUUGUUGUAGCUUCAUCGUGCUGCUGUAAAUGACUGUUACGCAAAUAAAACACUUCCUGUCA